UACUGUUGACGUCACUUACGUCUGAUGUCAUCCGUAGGACGCACAACGUGAUGCUAACACGGAAGCGUAUGUGCUGCUAGGGAGUAUUUAGAGUAUUUCAAUAUAGUUCAAUAUACUAAAAUAAAACAUAUUGAUUUAUGUAUUUAAAAAAUUGGGGCAACAUUAUGUUCUGCUACAUCUUUGUAUUUGCAGCACUCAUAGAUAAAGCAUCUCUGCUGGUGACAGUAUGGGGUUUCGUUGGGGGUUCUGUCGUCCUGCCAUGUUCUUCAGAUGAUUAUGAACAUAAACUUCAAGAUGUUGAUGUGAGCUGGAGACACAAUGGUAGCAAAAAUGUGUGUGAUUUAAUUCCACACAGUAAUUUAACAAAAACACAGGACGUACGAUACAAGAACAGAACAGAAACUUUUCCUGAGGAGUAUAAUCAAAGAAACUUCUCCAUCAAACUCUCUAAUCUCACUCACGCUGAUGCAGGAAGAUACAUCUGCUUCAUCACACCCUCAGAUGAGAUGAAUACUGUGGAGCUGAUCAUCAACGAAAAAUUAGAACCAGUUACAGAAAAUGCAAACAAAACCAUUGAUCAAAAAAACCUAGAAGAAAUCAAACCAGACAGUCUCGAGAAAUCAUGGCUUUGGAUCCUGAUUGGCUUACCCAUACUGGUUCUUUUAAUCAUUGUAAUUAUCUUUAGAAGAAAGAUCUCCAGCUGCCUUACGUCAGGUAAACACGUCCGGGGUUCAGAGGUUCAUGAGGUGAGUCCUGGUCCAGGUUAUAAAUCAGUAACUGCUGAUGGUCUUUAAGCAGUUAAAGCAGGUGAAUGACACAGACAACAGCUUUCUCCUUAAACAAGCAGUCAGAGGAGGAAAGUGCUGCUUUUAUUGUUGCUGAUGCAGUGAGUGUGUUGUUGUAUUUUCUUUGUCUGCACUCUUUAAGACUACAUAGGUCUCUGGAUUGACUUGGUCAAAUAUGAUUUCAGACAAAUUCAAGCAGAUUCAGAACAUUUUUCACAAUCAAAAAAAUAUUGUUAGCUCAUUAAAUUGCUAUAGAGAUUCAUUGUUUUAAAGCUGUUGGGAUAAUUUUGUAGCAAAUUCAUAGUAAACCAUGGCUUUCUGUCACAUUUGAUGAGGUUCACCAGUCAAUGUUCAUGUUGGUAACAUUGCCAAUGCCACACUGAUCUUCUUGCCUUUAAAUGGCCUACUAUCAAAAACUACAUAUUUGUCUUUUAUUCGUUAUGUAUUUAUUGAAUUAUUUAUUUUUUGGAAUGUUUUUUUGGAUGUUUUGAUUCAUUGGUGUCGUUCGCACUGAUAAAGGAUCACCUGAUCCACCUUCUGUAUUGUAACCAAGUGCCAUAUAUAGGCCCCUUUCCACCACUAUUAAAAUAUAAAGUUCAAAAUAUAAGAUAGCAAAAUAAUUCAUAGUUAAAAUUGUCAUAGGUCAGUUCUAAUUAUAGUUUUUUUCUCAAAGUCAGUUUUCUUUUUGUCAAUUUUGAACAUCAUACUUUUGACAUUUAUGUUUUUUGUUUUAUAUAUAUUGUGUAAAUAGGAUUCUGUAGCUCAAUGAUGCAGCUCAAAUCAGAUUCAUCCGUACAUAAUAACAAGUACAUAAAGCUCAACACACAUACCAGAACUUAAUGUUGCUCCUCAAGUACUAUGCUGAAAAUCAAAAAGUUAUAGUGCAGUUUUAAUAACAGGUUUUUUUUUUUUUUUUUUAAUUUUUUAUUAUUUGUACUGUUUUAUUACUUUUUAUCACUUAUGUAAAGUGCUAAGUUAAUAAAUUUGCCUUGCCUCUCCACUUUGGAAAGUUACUUUUAGAUGAAUUUGAACAAAACACGAUUGUGCUCUUAUAUUCUUGCCUUACCCACUAAACUCUCAUUAUAUAAGAUUAUAUGAUAUGUUGAAACAUGGAAAUGCACUGAAAGGAAUAUGAGCCUGUCAAUAUGUUGCUGACCUAAAAAUUCUGUACUUUUAUGCUUUGUAUUGGACCAUAUAAUGAAAAUAUUUGCACUGAAAAUGUUUUAUUUUUGUUCAAAAUCUAAUUCAAUAUUAUCAGGCAUUUACUUGUCUUUCAUUUUAUAUUGAUUGUAAACUUUAAGACCAAAUAAAAUGUCUAAAUAAA